CAUUGACAUUAGAGUCGAGCGAUCGAGGGGAAAUGUGGCAAGUUGCAAGUAGAUCAUAAAAUGUAUAACACGUGUUUCAUGGUUAUACAGUGGAAAUUAACAUUGUAGGAAAGAAUUUAGACGCUUUGUUGUUUUUGUCGUGUUUUUUAAUUUUUAAAACAUGGGUCGUAAAGCGAAAUUCGAUGAAACUAAGAAAGUGAAAAAGGGCCCUGGUAGAAAGGCGAAAAAGCAGCCUGACCCGGUAUUCAAGAAAGAACUCCUGGAAGAUGACGACACUUCAAAGAAACUGAGUCACAGACAGAAACAGAGAGCAGCUAGACGACUUAAAAAAAAGACAGAGUUGGCUGAGAAAAGGAAGGCACUGAAGCAGGCCAAGAAAAAUGUAGCUAAGCAGCAGGAGAUUGUUCAAGAAGCUGACAGUGGCUCUGAUGACGAAAAUGUUAAGGGAUUCACUGAUGACAAUAAGGAGUGGUUAAAACCCAAAGUGAAAGGCAAAUCCAAACAGAAAGAAGUAGAAACUGACAGUGAUAGCGGAAAUGAGGAUGAAGGAUCUGAAAUAGAGUCAGGUUCAGAAGACGAAGGGGAGAGGGAGAAUUAUAAGGUGGGAACACUAGAUGACUUGUUUCAAGAUUCUGAUAAAGAAAAUGGGGAUGUCAGUUCAGAAGAUGAAGAAGCAGCUUCUACUGGCAAAUUGGGAUAUGACUCAGAUUCUAGUGAACAGGGAGAGAGUGAUGACAAUGAAGAUGAUGAUGAUGACAUGUUACCCAUUGAAAAGGCCAAUCUAAAAUUAAAAAAGAAACAAAAAAUAGACAAGAAAUUUGCAGAUGAAGAAAUGCAGUUGAAUAUUGCUAAACAAGAUGUAUUUGCUUUUCCUUCAGAGGAAGAAUUGCAGAACCCAGCAAGUCUUCAGGAUGUACAUCAAAGGAUUAAAGAUGUUGUCACUGUUUUGGGUGAUUUUAAUCGUUUAAAGGAAGAUGGGAGAUCUCGCUGUGAAUACACAGAGUUAUUGCUGAAAGAUUUAUGCAUGUAUUACAGUUACAAUGAAUUCCUGAUGGAAGUUCUUAUGCAAAUUUUCCCUGUGCAGGAGCUAGUGGAAUUCUUGGAGGCCAGUGAAAUAGCAAGACCAGUAACAAUAAGAACUAACACUCUUAAAACUAGAAGGCGAGAUUUGGCACAGGCCCUUAUUAAUAGAGGAGUGAAUUUAGACCCAGUAGGUAAGUGGAGCAAGGUUGGGUUAGUGGUAUACAGUUCCACCGUACCCAUCGGCGCCACCCCUGAAUAUUUGGCAGGUCAUUACAUAUUACAAGGAGCUUCUAGUUUCCUUCCUGUCAUGGCGUUGGCGCCACAAGAAAAUGAACGAAUUUUGGAUAUGGCUGCUGCUCCAGGUGGAAAGGCAUCGCACAUUGCCGCAAUUAUGAAAAAUACAGGUUCAUUAUUUGCAAACGACGCUAACAAAGAGAGGACUAAAGCCAUUGUUGGAAACUUCCAUAGAUUGGGUGUCGUGAAUGCGAUAGUUUGCAACUAUGAUGGCCGCCAGUUCCCUGACGUUAUCAAGGGCUUCGAUAGAGUCCUGCUUGAUGCACCUUGUACUGGCACAGGAGUGAUUGCAAAAGACCCUAGCGUUAAAACUAGUAAAGAUCAAAAAGAUAUACAGAGAUGUUUCAACUUGCAGAGGCAACUUUUGUUGGCUGCUAUAGAUUGCUGCAAUGCAAAAUCAAGUACUGGCGGAUAUAUUGUUUACUCAACUUGUUCUAUAUUGCCUGAGGAAAAUGAGUGGGUGGUCAAUUAUGCACUUAAAAGAAGAAAUGUUAAGCUUGUACCCACAGGUCUAGACUUUGGUACUGAAGGAUUUGUAAAAUACAGACAUCACAGGUUCCACCCUUCUCUUAAACUGACCAGAAGGUUCUAUCCUCAUACACACAAUAUGGAUGGCUUCUUUGUAGCCAAAUUUAAGAAAUUUUCGAAUAAUAUCCCUGAGGCCGUGCAAGACGAGGACGAUGAAGAAAAUGAAUCGAACGAAAAUACGGAAAGCAAAGAAAAUGGCGAUGUUGAUAAAACAGAGAAAACAGUACCACAAGAAGACAAGAAACCUAUGAAGAGAGCGGCAGGUGACUCCCCUGGACCACAGAAUAAGAAAACGAAACCCAGCACACAAAUAAGUGAAAAGCAAGACGAAACAGCCAACAACAGUGAAACAAAUUCCAAAAAGAAGAAGAAACAGAAAAAUAAGAAAAACAAAGGAAAAGUUCCACAGGGUGAGAAUAAUCCCGUAAAUCUUAAUUCAGCAAGCAUUGAGAACAAAGGUGAGUCCAAUGCUGGCCAAAAUCAGACUAAGAAGAAAAACAAGAAAAAGAAAACAAAUGCAGGAAAAGAUCUCUCAAAGGUUACAAGUCCUACAAAAGCGACAACACCUCAGUCAAAGGAGGCUCCAGCAAAAGCAGUAAAUAAUACAUCGGCUACCACCACUCCUAGUCCCAGCAAGAAGCAAAAAAAUAAAAAGAAGCAGCCUGAAGGCAACCAACAGCAAUCAAAACAGGUUAUAAAUAAAAAUGAUACAAAAGUUCCCGAGAAUUUAGAUGCGGCAACGUUAAAAAAGUUGAAGAACAAAUUGAAAAAGAAAAAGCAAAUAGGUCAAAUAAACGCUAACAAAGGCAAGACAACAAAUGAGGCGACAAAACAAAAACAGGGAGGCAUAGGGAAGAAAUUUCAGAAGAAACAUAAAGUAAAGUAAUAACUUUUAAGAUCCUAAUGUUUUAUUGUAAUAAA